AAAAAAACUUUCCAUGCACGGAUCGGCGCUGGCGCGUCCCCGGAAUCCGCUGCAUCCAAGAAAGAAAGAAAAAAAGAAAAGCAACAGGAAUUUCUUCCUCGGUAGCGCUGACUAGCCUGUUAGUGAUCUAAAAGUGGAAUCUAAUUCCCCAGAAGGGUUUUCAGUCAGGUUUGUGGAAGGAGAGGAUGGACCGAGCGUCAAGCUCCAGCCCCACAGGUCAGACACCUCAGCCUGGCCAACACGAAACCAUCAGCUUCGGCAUCGAUCAGAUCCUCAGCGGAGGAGAGUCGGAGAGCCAGAAACAGAGACAACAACAGCAACAGCAACAACAGAACUCGGCACAGAACAGUCCGGACAGCGCGCACGGUCACCGAGCGGCCAGCCCGAGCCCAUACCCUGCUCUCUCGGGCGCGUUUCACGCACUGGCCGCUCCGUAUGAUGAAUCUGGUGCGUACGGGCCGAACUUCGCUCUCGCGCCCGGCGGCGUGAUUAGAGUCCCGGCGCACAGACCGCUCACCGCCGCCGUGCCGCCCAGCGUCCCGGCGCUCAGUAGCAUCGGUUUCCCCUGGAUGGAGAGCAGCCAGCGCUUCGCUAAGGACCGCUUUGCAGCUGCCUUGACGCCGUUCACCGUGGUCGCGCGGCGGAUCGGUCACCCGUACCAGAACCGGACUCCGCCCAAGCGAAAGAAGCCGCGCACAUCCUUCUCUCGCGCGCAGAUCUGCGAGCUGGAGAAGCGUUUCCACCGGCAGAAGUACCUGGCCAGCGCCGAGCGCGCGGCUCUAGCAAAGACCCUGAAGAUGACGGACGCGCAGGUCAAAACGUGGUUCCAGAACCGGAGGACCAAAUGGAGACGACAGACGGCGGAGGAGCGCGAGGCCGAGCGACAGCAGGCCAACCGUCUGAUGAUGCAGCUCCAGCACGACGCCUUCCACAAGUCUCUGAGUGACCCGUUGCCGGCCGACCCGCUGUGCAUGCACAACUCGUCCCUGUUCGCUUUGCACAACCUGCAGCCGUGGGCCAGCGAAGAGGGCGCCAAGCUCACCGCGCUGGCAUGAGACCCCUAAUACAAACACCCCGUAUUACCCCAUCACCCC